ACGGCCGCUUUCAAAUCUCUCUCUCUCUCUCUCUCUCUCUCUCUCUCUCUCUCUCUCUCUCUCUCGCCCCCUGCUCCCUCCUCUUCCUCCUCCACCUCCCUCCCUCCCUCCUCUUCCUACCUGAUUCAGAAUCCGCUCCGACGCUAUGCGUAUGACCGCGUCUCUCUCUGCAAGGCGAGCACCACCGGAGAGACCCGCACGCCGCCGCCGCCGCCGCUGCUGCUGCUGACCGGCCGCCCGCCAAGCACCCAACGCCGGCUGACAAGCGACCCAGGCCGGGGCAAACAGGAGCGGGGAGACGCCGCUCGCUGAAUUAACCUCCACCGGGGGAGAAGGAGGGAGUGAGAGACAUUAACCGGCGAAGAGUUGGCCCCGGAUAGAGAGAUCGGCAAGAGGACGAGUGUGGCGUCCCGGAGCCCGCUGUCCCAUUCAUCAUCCUCUCCCCUCUUUCCUCUUCCUAGCCGAGCUUUCACCUCGCCAAAACUCCUCUCUCUCUCCUCUUCUUCUUCUUCUUCUUCUUCCUCUUUUAUUCAGAAGCCCUCCUCUUCUGCAACUGGCAAACUUUUGCCUCCUUUUUUCUGCAUCCCUCUCUCGCUUUCCCACCUGUGAGCUCGCCAUGGCUUCUAAGCUGAACCCCAACGUCCUGUAUGUGGCGGAGCACGGCGAGUCGCUGGGGUCUCCCCCAGGGGACUCUGAGAGGACUCACACUGCUGGAGAAGCUGGAGAAGAGUCAUCGGACAGCGACGGGGAACAAGAAGAGACGUCACACAAGUUGAUCCGCAAAGUGUCGACCUCGGGACAGAUCAGGGCCAAGAAAAGUGUGAAGGAGGGAAUCCUGUUAAAACAGACCAGUUCUUUCCAGAGAUGGAAGAGGAGGUACUUUAAACUCAGAGGGAGGACCCUCUACUAUGCCAAAGACUGCAAGUCUCUGAUUUUUGAUGAAGUGGACCUAUCAGACGCCAGUGUGGCCGAGACCAGCACAAAGAACAUCAACAACAGCUUCACGGUGAUCACUCCAUUUCGCAAACUAAUGUUAUGUGCCGAGAGCAGGAAGGAAAUGGAGGACUGGAUCAGCGCUCUCAAAUCCGUCCAAAAAUGGGAAACCUAUGAGGCCAGCCAAUUCAACAUGGAGCAUUUCUCUGGGAUGCACAACUGGUACGCCUGCUCGCACGCCAGACCGACCUUCUGCAACGUCUGCAGAGAGGCUCUGCCAGGCGUCACCUCCCACGGCCUGUCCUGUGAAGUUUGUAAGUUCAAGGCUCAUAAGCGCUGUGCAGUUCGCUCUACCAACAACUGCAAAUGGACCACGCUGGCCUCCAUAGGAAAUGACAUCAUUGAGGAUGAGGAAGGGGUGUUCAUGCCCCACCAGUGGCUGGAAGGCAACCUGCCGGUCAGUGCCAAAUGUGUGGUGUGUGACAAGAACUGUGGCAGCGUGCGGCGGCUGCAGGACUGGCGCUGCCUCUGGUGCAAGGCCAUCGUCCACAACAGCUGUAAAGAACAAAUGGGGAAGGUGUGUCCCUUGGGUCAAUGUCGAGUGUCAAUCAUCCCUCCCACUGCACUUAACAGCAUCGACUCAGAUGGCUUCUGGAAAGCCACCUCAGCGUCGUGCACCAGCCCCCUCCUGGUCCUGGUCAACUCCAAAAGUGGAGAUAAUCAGGGGGUGAAGUUCCUCCGCAAGUUCAAGCAGCUUCUCAACCCAGCUCAAGUCUUUGACCUGAUGAACGGGGGACCAGAGCUCGGCCUGCGCCUUUUCCAGAAGUUUGUGACUUUUCGUAUACUGGUGUGCGGAGGAGACGGCAGUGUGGGCUGGGUGCUCUCAGAGCUGGAUAAACUCAACCUCCAUAAACAGUGCCAGCUUGGCGUGCUGCCUCUCGGCACAGGGAACGACCUGGCUCGUGUUCUGGGCUGGGGAGGCCUCUGUGACGACGACGCUCAGCUGCUGCAGAUCCUGGAGAAGCUGGAGAGAGCCACGACCAAAAUGCUGGACCGAUGGAGUGUGAUGACGUACGAGGUUCCCACCACCACUAAACGCACACCGAUUGUGAAAGAAGACGACAGCCUUGAUUCUCCUCUGCAGGUCCACAUCACUCAGUAUGCAGACUCCGUGGCCUCCCACCUCGCCAAGAUCCUGGACUCGGACAAACACAGUGACGUCAUUUCUUCUGCCAAGUUUCUGUGUGGGACGGUGAAUGAUUUUGUGGCGGAGGUGGGGAAGGCGUACGAGAGAGCCACAGAGAACAAGGAGGAGGCAGAUGCCAUGGCAAAGAAGUGUGCACUGCUGAACGAGAAGCUCGAUUCCCUCGUGAAGGCCUUAAGUGAGGAAGCUGAGGCCCAGGUGGUGCCAGCAGGUUCGGUACCCAGCCAGGAGAGUGGCAGCUCAAGCCCUGGAGAAAGUGGCGGAGAGUCAGGUUCAGAGGGUAAAACGUACCGUUCCAAGGAGCAGCUGAUGCUCAGGGCCAACAGCCUGAAGAAAGCACUCAGACAGAUCAUCGAACAGGCUGAGAAAGUGGUGGACGAGCAGAACCGACACACGCAGGUCCAGAGGAUGUCGUCCUCGUCCUCCAUCAAAAGAGAAAACAGCGAGGAGCUGAAGGAUGCUGAGCCACGUCAAGGAAGCUUAAGUCCCACCUCCCCCAUUGUCCUUGAGAAACCAGAGAGCCUCAACACAGUCACCUUCAGUGAGGACACCGUUCAAUGCUCAGAGAAGUGUGUAAUGAACAACUACUUUGGCAUCGGCCUGGAUGCCAAGAUUUCCCUUGAGUUCAACAACAAGAGAGAUGAGCACCCUAAAAAAUGCAGCAGUCGCACCAAGAACAUGAUGUGGUACGGAGUGCUAGGGACUAAAGAGCUGGUUCAGAAGACGUACAAGAACCUGGAGCAGCGAGUUCAGCUAGAGUGUGACGGCGUUCCCAUGUCUCUGCCGAGUCUGCAGGGCUUGGCUGUGCUCAACAUCCCCAGCUAUGCAGGCGGUAUCAACUUCUGGGGAGGAACCAAGGAGGAUAAUAACUUUGGCGCUCCGUCAUUUGACGAUAAGAAGUUGGAGGUGGUGGCGGUGUUUGGCAGCAUGCAGAUGGCCAUGUCCAGAGUCAUCAACCUGCAGCACCACCGCAUUGCACAGUGCCGCCAGGUGAAGAUCACCAUCCUCGGGGAGGAGGGGGUCCCUGUGCAGGUGGACGGAGAGGCCUGGAUUCAGCCGCCUGGCAUCGUCAAGAUCAACCACAAGAACCGAGCACAGAUGCUCACCAGAGACAGAGCGUUCGAGAGCACGCUUAAGUCAUGGGAGGAUAAGAGGAAGAUCGACAGCUACCGUGACAGCAGGCCCCGCCUUAACUCCCAGCAGUCCAUGGAGUACCUGACUGAGGAGGAGUGCGCUCAGGUUCAGCAGCUGGGCAUCGUGGCCGACACCCUCAUCAAUAAGAUCCGCGAGGCAGCCAAGACCCACAAGCUGGUGGAGCAAGAGUUGGCUCACGCCGUCAACGCCACCGCCCUGGUGCUCACAGAGGCCAAACUGUCCAGCCCUGAGUGUCUAAGUCGCAGCACGGCGGUGGAAAUUGUCAACAGCAGUAAAGUUCUCCAGGCUGAGACCAAGAUGCUGCUGGAUGGAAAACUACUGUCGGAUUCUCCCGAGGAAGAAGAGCUUCGGUCGACUUUGAACAGCCUCAGUGCCGAGCUCCACAAGCUGGACGACAUCCACUGGAUCUGUCCGCUCAUGCAGUGUUCAGAGGAGGACUCAGUGAGGAGCAGCAGUAAGAGCAGCAGCAGUAUGAAGCUGAAGAUCAUACCCAAGGUGAAGAAGGAGAGAGAGAAGCUCCACAAGCAGAAGUCCAACAGCUCUCUCUCAGGAACUUGGGAUAUCAAAGGUGGGGCCGGUGAGGCAGAUUCUUCGGGGAACUGAAGUCCUGCAGGAGGUGCUUUAUUACUGCCCCACCCGUAACAACCAGGGGUGAGGAGCACCCCUCCUGUUCUUCUCCCCUCCUAAUCACGAUACCCAGUGGCCUGACAGAGGUGUGAGGGAGAAAAGGAAAACCAUCUUCCCAACAUUUAUGCCAUUUCCUCCCUGUCUAACUUCUUUAUCCUCCAUUUCGCAGGGAGGAGUUUUAUUUCUUCUGUUUUUUUAUUAUUUAUCGUUUUAACGUAAGGGGCCUGGCUUUGCAUUGCAUUGCUUCACCACUGGCAUUCUGCUUUUGGUUCUGUUUACCUGCUUGAGUUAGGAAGUUGCCUUGGCCAGCAGCGAAUCAAACAGUGGACAAAGGGAGGCGUGGAAUCAAAAUGUUCUCGCAAACUUUUUUUGGUUGUUUUUGUUUUGGACAAAGAAUUGUGUUUACGUGGUGAUCUCCUCGCAUGUCGAGUGCAGCCAUCUUAUUUUAUAUCUAUCUUAAGUUGUUACAGUCUUUUAAUUCUUUUCUCUCUAACUUAAGUCGUUUUAUUUCUGAACUUACGAAUAGCCUUUAGACUUUUGAUUUUUCUCAAGACUUUCGAAGAGUAUUUAUUUGUUGUUGCUACUGCCAUGAGAACUUCAAACGGCAACAAAUCAACAAAAUGAACAACCUGAAACAUCUCAACCUUAUCGUCUACUGAACUGGGGGGAUAUCUUAAAUGUUGCAAAAAAUGUACUGAGGAAUGUACUUGUGUGGACUUGUAUUAACCUGUGAAUAAUGAUAAUGUUAAAUGAUAAAUUAUAUAAGAUUUCACAAAGGUUCUACUGUUGUGGUUCUAAAGUGGUUCUUAAUAGGCUGUUGUCUGACUUGUGUGAUCCGAGGCUAUGCAGCCACGCUGCAAAAAUAAUGCUCUUUUAUGAUGAGUCAUUUCAUCUGGAAUCCAGCCUUUUCUGAAAAGAUCCAACUGUGGGAUUUGAAGCACGGUACAUCGCUCAGUUAUUAUCAAGGUCUAAAAUGUGACUUAUGUGGGAGUCAAAAAAAAUAAAUUCAUCCCACGGCACUUUUUUUUUGUUUUUUUUAUUCCACUUGUUUGAAUUUUGAGAUACAGUACCAGAUGAAAUGACUCAAUAAGUUUUUUUUAGCAGUGUAUGGUGAAGGUGUUUACAGAAGGAGGAAGCAUCAAGGACACAUUAACAAAACAUUACAGCGACUCAGUAUAUUACUCCUACUUUGCCAUUCUCCUGAUUGUAUAUGUAAUAUAAGAAUAAGAGUUGAUAUUUGAGUUUGCCUUGUCCGUGGAUAAAAGCUAUUAUUAUCAUCAUUAUUAUUAUUAUUAUUAGUACAAAUAUAUAUCUAUUUUUUUGUAUAUCUUAUUUUCCCAAUGGUAAUCUGUGAAGCUGUCCUGGCUUUGCUGCUUCCCCCUUUGACAAACUCCUUGGCCACUGUGCAUAUAAUCGAAGCCAAUUAAUGCUGUUCUGUGUGUCCCUGCAUGCAUACUUAGCCUUCCUUCGCCUCACAGUGAGGGCUGAAGUUGCCUCAAAAUAGUGAUUUUUAGCUUGUUUGUUCCAACCAGCAGCAUUUGCGAAUACUUUUUUUUUUGUUUUAACCUGCUUGCUGCACCAGAUGGUCUGGGUUUUACCGCGAGAGAACACUUAUUCUGCCAAAAAAAAAAACCACACUUAAAUGUCAAAUACUUUACUGUGUUGUCCAAACUUAAAGAGAGUGUACUGAUUUACACCCUGUCUAUCCACAGGGUUUUCCAAGCAGGUUAUAACAAACCACAACAUUUCAUUUACAUCAUUAUUUGACCGAGCUACGGCCAAAGCAAGUACAUGAAAUCUUGGAUGCGUGUGCUGCUGUUCGGAAAUAGCUUAAAUAUCAAUGUUCACGAGUUCUAGAGGCAACUUCUACCCAGGUUUUACAGUAAUGUUCUUGGAAAGAAUGGUCAGACAUUUCGGGAAAUUCACAUUUUUGCUGUGUUACUGCAGAAGAUUAACAUCUUUUUCACCUAUGUCCACUCAGUAAAGGCACAGAAAUAGCUCUGAGGCAUGCUUAGCUUAGCAAAGCAAAAAAACUGGAACCAUCAAAAGUAAAAUACGCCUUCCAGCAACUCCCAAAACGUUAUUUACAUCUUAUAAGCUUGCAAAUUAGUUACCAAGAAGUCCUAGAGAUUUUUUUUUGGGUUACGGAAAAGUUUGAAGCUAGCAAUUUUCCUAUAAUGAGGCUACAAUCCAGUUAAGAAAAAGCUCCAAUGUGAAAGCCAGUUACUUAUUAAACAGCAUAUUCUUUUACUAAAAGUGUUAAAUAUACAGAUACAGUGGAUAACUUUGUACUUGUUAGAGGUUUGAUUUAACUAAGCUAGCUGUUUCCUUUGGUUUGGCCUGAGCUAGGCUCUUCUCAUCCAACCCUAAAACAGCAAAAAUGUGAGUUUCUUAAAAUGUCAGAGUAUUACUUUAAAAGUUUAAAUGGCCAGGAUGUAAUCGAGAAGUAAUGUUCACUAGUCGAGAUUAAAUCUGAGUCAAAUAUUUGCUAGAAAUGUCCGGAAGCUGUGCGGAGUCCCAUAGGUGGAGUUAACUAACAUCAUGUAAAGGCAUUAUGAAGAACCACAGAAAAGUAUUUCUUUUCAUGAUACACGACUUGCUGAAAGUGGAUUUGUCGUGAUGCAACUCCACCACUUUCAAAGAAAAAAAAAAAAAAAAGGGACAAAACAUGAGCGUGCCGACACUUUGACUCAGGUCUGAUCGAGAAGUUUGGAUAUUACAUCCACAAGCAAGGCUGUAAACUUGUAAAGUAUCAUUUCUGUGCUUUUUCCCACUUACGUAAAGGGUUGGUUCUUGAUUCUCUCAGUUAUUUACACGUUUAUGGAACCAACCCAAGCUAUCCCUCGAUAGAGCAGAGUUACUGUGAGGCGUUGUAGAUGUCCAGCUCUGGUAGGAUUGUGCUACUGUAUCCAUAGUGUGCCAGCUAUACGCUCUACACCUUAGAGGCUUUAGUGGUGUCGUGCCAAGUUUGUACUGAGUUCAGUGGGAUACGAGACAUACAAGGUGUGUGUGAAAGUGUGCGAGCUUCAGAUGCGAAAGUUGUUGUAUGUCGUACAUUUCAAAGUUUACUGUAUCUUGCCUUGCACUUUACGAAGAAGCAAACUUAAUGGGGAAAAAAGGACAUUUGUGUGCAUGUGUGCGUGUGUGUGUUUAAGAUUUUUCUGAGUGUUUACGAGUGUUUUUUUAAUUGAUUUGAUGACAAAAAUCUUUUAUUUAUGAUAAAUGUGUACGGACAAAAAUGUGUUGAUAAAAUGUAAUAUAUCUAACCAAACGUAAAAGAAUGAUAAAUAUAUAUAUAUAUAAAGAUGUAUACACAAAUGUUUAUUACAUCAGUGGUUGUACAAUUACUCUCACUGCAGCUUGAGAUCUCCCAUUUAACGCCAAUCUUAUUACAUGUGCUCAUAUGUCAUUCCACUGCCGCAAAGCAAUGUCAUGGAAAUGUCUUUCCAAUGUUACACCAAUUGGUAUUGAGAUAGUAUUCUAAAAAAAAUUAGCCGAUAUUGAAGUAAGCCAAAGUUAUUGGAAUUCUCCAGUGUUAUUACAGACUGCUAAUGAAUUGUUUACACACAAAAAAAGAUGUCAUAUUCAGCCUAUGUUUAGCCAAUAUUUGGGUGAACUUUUUGUGUAUAAUUCUGAAAUUGUAACAUCAUCUGAGAGACUACCUUGUGCUUUAAUUAGCAUUUGUUGUGCUGAAAAAUGAACACAAAGAUGUCCAGUUUGGGUAACACACAUUUGGUGGAAUCCAUUUUGAGGUUUUAAAGAAAAGUUGCCUAUGUUUAAUGGUCUUUUAACCGAGGAUUAUAUAUAUUUUGUUCUUUUAAAAGCAUCAUAAUUUAUCACUUUUUUUGUUCUAAUUUCUUGUGAGUGUCAUUUUUUUCAAAACAGUAAAAACAUAAUUUUUUUUGACUGAAACUCUUCCAAGGAGCAACAUGGAGCUGAUAAGAGAAAUGACAGCUGAGAAACUGAAACGAACCCACCGAUUACAAACACCCCACCAUGUUUGUGCAACAGUAUUCCAUAGACAACAUUUGUGAACGCACCCCCCUGAUCUGAACAGCCUAUAUAUUAAGACUGUGUGCGCAAUGCUGGAAGCCAGACUAGAUGUUGCACGACCUUGUACGUUGCGAGGUGUUUUAUUGUGUUAUCGUGUGCAGUGUGUAACAAAGACAAAGUCAGCGCAACCCUUUGGAGAUUAAAUGAAUUAUUGAAGUGUGAAA